AUGGAUCAGAGUGGCAGCGGAAAAACGGCCACGGGAGAAACGGCAAGAGCAGCCGAUAUGGAGAUUAAAAAGGCUUCAAAGACGGACUCCUCCUCGUCUGAUGAGGAAGAGGGCGAAGAACAAAGAAAAAUAGAGGAAGAGAGAAAAAAACACCGAGAAGAGCGCUGGAACAGGAGUAACGAAAAAUGGGAGCGAAAAGAAACAGAGCAACGAGAAAGGGAUAAGGAACCCCUGCAGCGGCGUUUGUUGCGGGCAAUCGCAGAGACGGAAGAUUUAGCGCAGAAUAUCCGCGGAUUGGCUGAAACUCUGAAGACCGCGCCUGAGAAAAUUCAAAAAGCCAUCGAAGACGACGAAAGGUUCGUACUUUCAGGGACCACGGUAUCGCUGAACAUUCAGUUAUCGUUAUGUCAAGGUCACUUGACCGAAGGCUGCCAUGAAGAGCAGUGCCAUUCGUUGCACAUUUGCGCGAAAUACCUCGCGGAACUCUGCACCGAUGCCAAGUGCGAAGUGGGCCACGACAUCGAAACGGACCACAACCGCCGCCUCCUCCGUCCAUUCGACUUGGAGAACGUCGACUGCCGAAUGCUGAAAAAGUUCCUCAAGCCGGAUUCGAUCACUCCUGAACCGUGCUUGGAGUACAACCUCUCGCGAUGCAAUGAAGAUGUUUGCCCCAGGAUGCACAUAUGCGCGGAUUGGGUCUCGGGAGACUGUGGGGCGUGCGCGCUGAAUCAUGACGUCUUGGAACUGCGAUGCGAAGAAUUGCUGCGACAGGCGAAUGUUAACUUGAGUCGAUCGAGAAGGGAAUUAAAACUGCAUCUGAGGAAGAAUUGGGUCUCCAACAUACAGGAGAUUUCGAAACGCAAGAGAGAACGGGAAGAAGUAGAAAAGUUUCGCCAGGCCCAGGUUUCUCCUGCCCCAUCAUCUGAGAAUCAGGAUUUUACAGUCAGUGAAUUGGAGCGGAAGCCGACACUGGCUCAGAUUAAGCAAAAUUGCAAAAACAUUGAUGGUUUUAUCUAUGAGCUCCCACGGAAGAAGGUGAUGGAAGAUAAAAAGAAUCGAUUAGCCAAAUAUGAGAUCGGGGAAAGAGGAUCCGAAGACGGGCUGGGGAAGGUGUUAAUGCUCCUCGGAGGCACAGGAACAGGAAAGAGUACCAUAAUCAAUGCGAUGGUGAAUUACGUGUAUGGAGUGAAGUGGGAAGACGACUUUCGUUUCAAAGUGAUUGUGGAAGAACACGAAAGUGGAAAAUAUGAAAAUCAUAGUCAAACGCAAUGGAUCACGGUGUACACCCUACACAGGCAGCCGAGCUUUGCUAUGCCUUUUACCUUGACUGUCAUCGAUACCCCUGGGUUUGGACAAACAAAUGGGAUCAUGGCCGAUGAAGACUUGAGGGACCAGAUCCGAGAAUUCUUCUCCAAUUUUGGGAAUGUUGGUGUUGAUCAACUUAAUGGAAUCGGCUUCGUGGUAGUGGAUGCUGAGGCCAGACUUACGACCACACAAAAGUACAUAUUUGAUUCCAUGAUGUCAGUGUUUGGAAGGGAUAUGGAAGGCAAUAUCUACGCUCUAGUAACAUUCGCGAACGUCCUAAGUCCUCCAGUCUUACAAACCCUCAAAGAAGGAGACAUCCCUUAUCGAACCUAUUAUAAGUUCAAUAAUUCUGCUUUUUUCAAUCGUCCUGAUGACUACGACGCUGAUUUUGUUCAGAUUUUCUGGGAAAUGAACAUGAAAUUUAUGCACACAUUUUUCAAAGACUUUCAAAAGUCGAAAUCAGUCAUUCUGAUGCUGACAAACAAAGUUUUAUUGGAGCGACGACGACUACAGACAGCUCUACAGGACAUACAGCCCCAAUUCAUUGCUGGCUUAGGGAGGUUGGAACAACUUAGAAAAGAACUCGCAGUUCUGGAACGAUACGGAUCGAUGUUUGACCCAAACGAGAACAUUACAUACACCUUCAAGAUGUUGAAACAAAAACGAGUGAACCUAAGCCCUGACGAAUGUGCUAUGAACUGCCUAAGAUGCGACUUCACAUGCCACUAUCCAUGCAUAGAAAACGAGAUGGAGACGAAUUGUGAAGCGAUGGGCAUCGGGAUGAUGGAAAGUGCAGUGAAACACUGUCUUGUUUGUCCCGACCAUUGUCCACCGGACCAGCAUGUGAAAAGCAAAUAUCGCCUCGAACUGCAUGAGGAAGAGGUGACGAGAACUAUUAAGGAAUUGAGAGCGAAAUAUGAGGCAGCAGCUGGUAAGAAGUUGACUCCGGAAGGGCUGAGGAAGGAAAUCGCUAAGGCAUUCAAUAGGGAAUCCGCGAACAUGAUGGAUUCAACCAACAAAGCACGCGAAUGUUUACAGACGCUCAACCAAAUAGCAUUGAGGCCCGUUCCCUUGGGGGUCAUUGAAUAUUCGGAUUUAAUGAUCGAGUCAGAAUGGAGAAAUGGCAGACCCAGUCAAACCCAGAGUAUCUCAUACAUGGAAGUCAUACGGGCCAAGGCAGUACUAAUUCAGAUGCUGAAUAAACCAGAUCCACCUAGCGUCUCCGAUUACCUGAACCUCUUCAUUGACAUCGAGAAAAGACUAGGCACAUCUGGGAAAGUCCAGAGGAUCAAAUAUCUCGAAGAAGCAAAAGCAAAAAUAAGGGAGGCGUUAUAA